CGAUACUCUUGCCGCUGACUGAACGGAACCGACUCAACCAACAUUUCUCUUCGAGAACUAGGAAGACCAAAAACAUUUGGACCUCUCAAAUUCCUUCGGUUAGGUUUCGAUAGAAGCUGGAACCAGUUAUGGCGGCAAUCAGAGCGACGACCGCCACGAUCGCCAGAGAGAUGUUCCUUCCGUCAGCGUUCUUUGGAUCCGUCCGCGUGUUCCGAGCAUCGCUCCCUACCUCUGGUGGGCCCGUCGGCUUGAGUUACCGACGGAUCAGCUACGGCCGAGUCCUGCGCGCGGCGCUGGACUCCGGCGACGCCGGGAAGAAGGCGCCGUCGCGGCUGGCUCAGGUUCAGCAACUCAUGAUGGAAGCCAAGGAGAGAGCCGCUUCCGCCGGGAACGAACCUAUCCCCAAAAUCACACUAGAUCGUGUUACAACAAACUUUGCAAGAAGUGGUGGGCCGGGGGGUCAAAAUGUCAAUAAAGUGAACACCAAGGUGGACAUGCGGUUCAAUGUAAAAAAUGCCUAUUGGUUAAGUGAGAGGGUCAGGGACAGGAUUUUGCAAGUGGAAAAGAAUCGCAUCAACAAAGAUGGGGAGCUUGUGAUUUCUUCGACAAAGACCAGAACACAAAAGGGCAACAUUGAAGAUGCUUUGCAGAAACUACAGGAAAUCAUUGAUGCUGCUUCAUAUGUCCCACCACCUCCAUCAGAAGAGCAAGUGAAAAAAAUUGCCAAGCUGGCUGCUGUUGGGGAGCAGAAAAGAAUGCAAAGCAAGAAGGCUCUUUCACAAAAGAAGUCCUUCAGAAGAAAUCGAGAUAGUUGGGACUGACCACCCGAUCAUGAGGUCUUUUGUGUUGCUGUUUUCUAUCCAUAUAAGGUUCCCUAUCUUCCCCUUUUAGAGCUUUUGUUGUUGCUUGAAUUGACUUAACGAUAGAAAGCUGAUUGGAUCUAAUCACAAACCUUAGAAACUGAUUUGGACAGCAGGUGACUUGGACAGGCAAAUUUUCUGCAACAACACUACAGCGAACAGAACCAGCAAAAGUAGGAGAUACGAUAAUGAAACUCAAAAUUAUGGACCCAGAGGACUGAAACAAUGAACACAACCGGAACUUUUAUGCGUUUUGAUGUUCAUUAUCCAUGCCAACUCUAUCUACAAUGACUUCAAGACAAAAUAACAAAUACAGUAAAUCUCAAGGAUCCCUUGGGUUUAAAAAAUUAAGCGUCCAUACAUAAUUAAACCUAUCUGACACCCUAUAAAGGCCCCUCAUCAUAAAUCAACCUUUAUUUGCUGCUAAAAACUUGGAUGAUCAGAACCCAAAUAGCCAUGAGCGUCAAGUAAUUGGAUAAACGUGCUUGGUCAAUUGGCUUUCCCUUUGCCCUAACCCUAACCUCCCAUAGCUGUUUGCCAGGGAGAAGAAACACACAACUUCCGGGAGUUGCUCACAGAUUUUGAAGUAACUAUACUAUUAUCUUUUGAAGCGGUAUCUGGAAACCAAAAUAGCUUCAUCUCUUUUUUUUUGUUCUUGCUUUAUUUCCUUGUUUUUCAGGUUUUCUUUGGUUUCUCUGUUGCAGGAAAGAUGAUGAUACUGAGGAAAGAUAUCUCAGGAUUGGCUUUUAUACCAGGGUAGAAAUUGCCUAAUGAGUCGGACUCUUAUGAUCGGGAGGAAUGCCAUGGAAUACUGUGACAAAUGUACGUGACUAGCGAGAAGGGCUAAAUGACUUCGAGUCCACCCGUGCUGCACCCCUGCAAAUGAAACGUGUGGAUUGGGAUUUCGAUGGGUUCUAGAGUUCCUAUAAUAUUUGCCUAGGACUUCUGGGUCAGAUUAUGGAAUACCCAACCAACAAGAGGCAUAAAUUGUUAACUUGCUUACAUUGUUUUGACUAGUUGAUGAGCUUUUGCUGAGAGCUCAGAUAACAACCUUGCCAGUAUGAAUCAAAAUAACGAGCUACCUUGGAGGUAAAUUUGUGAUCUGGUGGCGUUGGCCUUCAUUA